UUGCGAGUACAAAGCCAAUUUCUGUUGCCCUAAAGUACUAAAAUCUCCUGCCCGAAAAUUGACGAAUUCUCUACUCGCCCUAGAAUCUCACUCUCACUAAGCUUCUCAACAAAACUUGGCGCUAAAUCCUACUUGGCUCCUUCCAUUAAUGUAUGUAAGUCAACAACGAUUUGGCUGUAAGGCAGUAUCUAAUAUUCUCCAUGGGGAUAGAUCUUGAACAGCUUUCUGGAGAGUCUCAUAAGGAAGAUAGUAGAUGUACUGUGAAUCUUGAUGCAGCAAAUGGCGUUGAUAAAGGCUGUGGGGUCAGCCUAACUUAUUCUAAUGUUGCUGGAAACAAUAAGGAAAAUUCUGGACAAAAUGUUAUUGGAAAGGAGUUAGAUGGUAGCUAUGAGGCUUGUGGUGCAGACGGGAUGGACAUGGAUUCUCUGAAAAAUUUAGAGCCUCAUGAUGGAAUGGAAUUUGGAUCAAAGGAUGAAGCUUUUUCGUUCUACAAAGAAUAUGCCAAGUAUGUGGGAUUCACCAUCAUAAUAAAAGCCAGCCGUCGCUCAAAAGUAUCUGGAAGUUUUAUUGAUGCAAAAUUUGUGUGUACCAGAUACGGAAAGAAGCAAGAAGCUAAUAGUAUCAAAACACCAGAACCUGUUUCAAAUACAGAUGGUGCAGUAAUCAUCCCUGUCAAGAGAAAACGGGGCAGAAUAAAUCUAUCUUGGUCGAAAACAGAUUGCAAGGCUUGCAUGCAUGUGAAAAGAAGGCAAGAUGGAAGGUGGAUUGUACGUAGUUUCAUAAAGGAGCAUAAUCAUGAAAUUUUUCCGGACCAAGCCUAUUACUUUCGGGGUCAUAGAAACAUAGAAAUAGGUAGCAGUAAUGCUGAUGCCUUGCUUGCCAUACGAGAAAGAACAAAAAGAUUGUAUGUUGCAAUGUCUAGAAAGUCAGGUGGGUAUAAACACAAAAAACCUGAUCCGAAGGUUGGUGUGUCCAAUCAAUUAGAUAGGGUUCAGCAUCUUGCUUUGGAGGAGGGAGAUGCUCAAGUUAUGCUUGACCAUUUUAUUGAUAUGCAGGAUGAGAAUCCUAAUUUCUUUUAUGCUAUAGACCUGAAUCAAGAUCAGUGCUUAAGAAACGUUUUCUGGGUUGAUGCCAAAGGUAGGCUUGAUUACAACAAUUUCAACGACAUAGUUUUUUUUGAUACAACAUUCGUUAAAAAUGAAUGCAAAUUACCCUUUGCUCCCUUUAUUGGUGUGAACCAUCACUACCAGUUCCUGUCGCUUGGAUGUGCAUUAAUUGCUGAUGAGACUAAAUCAACUUAUCUCUGGCUUAUGCGAGCAUGGCUUCGGGCGAUGGGUGGACAUGCUCCAAGAGUGAUACUUACUGAUCAAGACAACUCCCUGAAAGAAGCUAUUGCAGAGGUUUUUCCUGAUUCUCGUCAUUGUUUUUGCUUGUGGCAUAUUUUCAGCAAGAUUCCUGAGAAGCUCGGUUAUGCAAUGAGGCAACAUGAAAACUUUAUGACUAAGUUCAACAAAUGUAUCUUCAAAUCUUGGACAUGUGAACUGUUUGAGAAGCGAUGGUUAAAAAUGGUCGAUAGAUUUAGUCUAAGAACUGACACCUGGUUUCAAUCAUUGUAUGAAGAUCGAGAAAGGUGGGUUCCAAUAUACAUGAGAGACACUUUCUUGGCAGGGAUGUCUACAAUGCAACGCUCAGAAAACACAAGCUGUCUUUUUGACAAGUACCUGCAGCGGAAGACUACUUUAAAAGAAUUUUUGGCACAAUACAAUGUAUUCUUACAAGAAAAAUCCGAAGAGGAAGCAAAAGCGGAUUUUGAAUCUUGGCAUAAGCAACCAGGAUUGAAAUCUCCAUCACCUUUUGGGAAACAAAUGGCAGCUUUGUAUACACAUUCAAUUUUCAGAAAAUUCCAGGUUGAGGUCUUGGGAGUAGUUGCUUGUCAUCCUAGAAAAGAAAGUGAAGAUGGGGAGAAAAAGACUUUCAGGGUUCAAGAUUUUGAAGACAAUCAAGAUUUCCUUGUGAUUUGGAAUGAAGCAACAUCAGUUAUGUCAUGUUCUUGUCAUUCAUUCGAAUUCAACGGGUUUCUAUGUAGGCAUGUAAUGAUUGUUUUACAGAUGUCUGGGGUGCACAGCAUCCCAUCUCAGUAUAUAUUGAAACGUUGGACAAAGGAUGCAAAAAGUAGAGAAACACUCAGAGACCAAUCAGAUGUAGCUGAGUCCAGGGUUCAACGCUACAAUGACCUCUGUAGACGAGCAUUUAAAUUGGGGGACGAAGGUUCUUUAUCUCAAGAAAGUUACAAUAUUGCAUACACUGCAUUGGAAGAAGCUUUGAGAGAGUGUGAGAGUGUGAAUAACUCAAUAAAGAGUGGUACAGGAGAGAACUUACCAUCUAGUCAAGCUUUUCGUGACUAUGAAGAAGUGAAUCAAGGAAACAGCCCAUCAAAGACAAGUAAAAAGCAUGAUGUAUCCAAGAAAAAACAGGUACAUCCAGAGCCUGAGGUCAUAACUCUUGGGCUGCCCACCAGCUGGCCGCAAAUGGAACACUCAAAUUUACGAGCAGCGGCCCUUGAUUGUUCUUAUGUAUCACAAGAGGGUGUGGAAGGGGCGGGACAGCUAACCUCAAAAGGUCCAACAGUUGAUGGUUAUUUUGGCACUCGACAACUCAUUCAGGGGAUGGGACAGUUAAACUUCAGACCACAGACCAUUUCUAGUUGUUUUGACAUGGAGAGUGGUCAACUGGAUGUGGACCACUCUAAUGUAGGACCACCUCAGUUGCAUGGCUCGUCAUCAAAGGAUUUGAACUCAAAACACCUCUCUCAUAAGCCGCCAUAGAUUAGUAAUUGUAGAUGAAGAUGGCAUGAUGUGUUUCUACAAGAUCGUAAAGAUGGUUAACUAUCAUGUGCAUUCCAUCAUCCCCUACCCCCGGGCCAUGUGGAUGUAAAUAUUGAAGCACCGAGUUAUGUUAAAUGCUUUAAUUGGCACAAAUAGCAUUUUCCUUGUAUACAUUCCAGUCACUGAGUCUGUAUUCCUAUGACAUUACGAAAUUUUACAAUCAAAAACAGUUGAUAUGUUCA